GGCACCCUUAUACAACUGUUCUGUCAUCUAUCGGCACUCACAUGAUUUAUAAGCCAUAACAAAGAGAGGUUAUAGACACAGUUAUAGGCACAGUUCGAAAAUAAUAUCGAGUGAAAUGUUAUCUUUCGCAUUAAGUUACAGGAUCUGUCGGGUCUGUCGUGAAUUUAAAAAUGUGAUGAUGCAAAAGAGGACAUUUUUAUCGGAGGCAUAUCGUUGCGAUGAGGCAUGGAAUCGCAGGUUUAAUUCCGCAUUGCUGCAAAAGGUCGACCAUGCAACGAUGUUUAUCUUGCUCGAACAAAGAUACGCGAAUGUCGGUAAAAUGAGCGCCGUUGACGUUGACAUUUUCAUCAACAGCGUCAACAACGAUACUUACAUUGACGAGGCGAUAAAAAUCGUACACAACCUCCGCAUGUCACCUGAGGCAACCAAUAUUUUAGACUCCACGCAUCACGCUUUGAUACGAUAUCUCUGGCGAUAUAACCGUAUCGAGGAGUUGCACGAGGUUCUCAAUGACCGGUUGAAUUAUGGCAUCUUCCCUGAUUACUUUUGCUACAACUUACUUAUGGAUGAUUUCAUAAAGAAGCAGGAUUUUGCAUCUGCUGCGAAGAUAGCAACUUUGGUUAUGCUGCAGGAAGAAACGGGUCAUCCUGUCACAAACGCAUUGUGUCUCUACUCUUGUCACAAAUACCUGGAGAAUCCCAGAGACUGGAAGAAACCUGAAGUUCCAGUAGAUACCUCCAAGGAAGAGAUUAAGAUACGCGUGGCUUUUAUAAGAAACCCCUUUUUUGAUGAUCACUUUGAUCUUACCGAUCCGAGGGAUCUCGUUGGCAAGACAUUGAGUUUUCAUGGAAAGCAUUUGGCAAAUGUUCUAGGAAGAACUUGUCAAUUGAGGGGUUUGAUAUUGUACAAAAAGUAUGAUCAGGCAUUGUGCUUAUUAAAGGAAUGGAUGGAAACAGUACAGGAUCAGAUAGUUUACGAAGAAGUAUUUGAAUUGAUAACCAAAGACAAUAGUGAACUUCAAGAUGAACCUUCGGAGCAACUGAAACUUGUGGAAAAUCAAUUAUCCGUUUUAAAAGGAAAACAGAAUGACAAGGGAAGUUUAAUAGAAUCAAUGGAGAAUAUGAUCAAGUCGGCUGUGAAAGAAGAAGCUGAUAAAGAUAUCUCUAAACAGUGUCAGGUUUAUCUUGAUUGGGAACAUGUGAGAACUUCAGUAUUGGAGGAACAGAUGAAAGCAAUAGAUAAACAAAAGAGAAUAGCCAAUAUAGAGAAGAUAAAGAAGGAUCUGAAAGAGAAAGAACAGCUUUUGACAUUCUUCGAAAACGAGGAACAAAUUGAAGUAGGAAUAGAGAAAGUAGAGGAGGAAGAUCGGAAGGAGGACGAACGUAUCCACGCCAUGCAUAAAAGCGCGAAGAAAUUGAGAAAAUUGAUUGCCACAGAGGCUUACGUACCACCAGAUGUUAAAAGUAGAAAUUAAGAAGCUAUGUACAG